AUGAGCGCCACAGGUAUUCUACCCACAUAUCAACGAUUCGUAAAUGGGUUACCAGUGUCCAGUAGACGAUCAUUUCGUGCUAGAGAAAAGUACGUUAUAUUGCUUGUUUUUAUGACUUUUGGGCUAGUAUGUUUCGGUACAUUCUUCUUCCUGCCCGAAUUCAAAUCUGGAGGCACUGCUGAGAGUGUUUACAAAAUGUACAAUCAAAUGAAGAAAGCAGGACCUGAAUUAUUAAUUCCACCUCCACCUCAUAUGAUUGACACCAGAGAGGCUGUUAAAGUAGUGAAACAUGAGGAACAAGGAGAGGACCCUCAUGUUAUUGGUGAUAGGGCAAAACUCAAGGCCAAAAUAGAGCAAGACAACGCCCUGAAGGUGUUGGAGCGACCCGACAUAGUCAACCCGAGAACAUCGUCGACUAGAAGGAGCGCCGUGAGCCAGCAGGAGCAGCGAAACGAUGCCAAAGACGUGAAAAUACUCGAUGAUAUUCUGACGGUGCCGGCGGCCAUCAGCGAUCGGUAUCCGGUCGUCAAAGGAGGAGAGGACAAGGAUCCUGUUGCUAGAGAACGUAGGAACAAAGUCAAAGAGAUGAUGAAACACGCCUGGUCGAACUACGUGCGAUACGCGUGGGGCAAGAACGAGCUGAAGCCGAUCAGCAAACGGGGCCACGGCGCCAGCAUUUUCGGCGCUCUGCCGUUGGGCGCCACCAUCUUGGACGGGCUUGACACGCUGUACGUGAUGGGCUUGGAUGAGGAGUUUCGGCAGGCGAGGGAUUGGGUGGCCGACGAGUUGGACGUGGAUAAGAUAGCGAAGGAUAUGGUGGCCGACGUUUCGGUGUUCGAAGUCAACAUCAGAUUCGUCGGGGGACUGCUCGCGUGCUUCGCCUUGACCGGCGACACCGUUUUCAAAGAGAAGGCUCAGCAGAUCGCCGACAAGUUGCUGCCGGCCUUCAACACUCCCACGGGGAUUCCCAACGCCUUGGUCAACUUCAAGACUGGGGUAAGCAAGAACUACGGAUGGGCCAGCAGUGGCUCCAGCAUCCUGUCCGAAUUCGGCACGCUCCACCUGGAGAUGUCCUAUCUGAGUGACGUCACCGGCGAUCCCGUCUACCGCUCGAAGGUAGAGCGCAUCAGGAAGGUGCUGCACGAUCUCGACAAGCCGAAAGGGCUCUAUCCCAACUACCUCAAUCCGAAGUCGGGGGUGUGGGGACAACAUCACAUGUCUCUGGGCGCCCUCGGCGACAGCUACUACGAGUACCUGCUGAAGGCGUGGCUGCAGUCGAACAAGGAGGACAAGGAGGCCAGGCAGAUGUUCGACGAGGCGAUGCGCGCCGUCUUCCAGCACAUGCUGAAGACGUCGCCGAACGGGCUCAUGUACUUCGCUGAACUGAAAUUCGAUAGGCCCGAGCACAAGAUGGACCAUUUGGCGUGUUUUUCGGGCGGACUACUGGCUUUGGCAUCGCGGAGUCUACCGAAUGAAGUUUCCGGCAGGUACAUGGAUGUCGCCGAACAGAUAACCCGGACUUGUCACGAAUCCUACGACAGGUCCCAGACCAAGCUUGGCCCAGAAUCUUUCAGGUUCACGGAAGGAUCGGAAGCCAGGGCGUUGAAGAGCUCCGAGAAGUACUACAUCCUGCGGCCGGAGGUGAUCGAGACGUACUUCUACAUGUACCGGCUGACCAAGGACGAGAAGUACCGCGACUGGGGAUGGGAGGCGGUGCAGGCGAUCGAGAAGCACUGCAAGGUGUCUGGCGGAUACACGGGUAUCAAGAACGUGUAUGCCGAGGAGCCGGUACAGGACGACGUGCAGCAAAGUUUCUUCCUAGCCGAGACACUUAAGUAUUUGUACCUACUCUACUCAGACGACAGUCUUCUCUCCUUUGACGAGUGGGUUUACAAUACUGAAGCCCACCCGUUACCUAUAAAGGGGGUGAACCCCUACUUUAGAGAAGCAUCACCAUUAUGA